GCAGCCAACUUCAAUCAGUCCGUGGUGUACUCGCGCUGUCGACUGUCAAAAGUUUGUAAAUAUCAGAGUGGCGGAUUGGUAUCUGCGUUUGUGCUGCUGCUACUUGGAUUUCUGCCCAGAUACAUUGGAAAAACUGCCAUUCAUUCAACAUGGAUAUGAGUCUCGAUGAAAUAAUCAAAAAGAAGAAGAUCGGAGGGGCUUCGGCGAAGAAAGGUUUUGUGACUAAAAAGAAUAUUCGUGCUGGCGGUAUCACGAAGCGUGCAAAAGUGGUGGAUGCUCGGAAUAAAAUUAUUCAGAAGAAUCGCGCAAAGAUCCGCGAUGCCCGUGAGAAAUUGGCUCAGAUCACAAAGGCAAGCGGCGAUGCGCGUCUUCGAUUGUUGCGAAAACGUAAGGAUGUGAGCCCGAAACGGUGGCCUAUUGGAGGCCUCUCUAGCAGUGGCCUGCGACCACCCAAACUGUCUCCGUUGAAAACCAAACCGAAGCCAUUGAGCCGGAAACUGCGGCCGCAGGACUUGAUCGGCGUUCCCCGAGGUUAUGUCGACUACGAUAAUAUGGAGAUGGAAGAAGCAGCAGAGUACCAGCCAGAUUACACUGCAUUGCGCAUGACUGUCCACAACAACAUGAUGCACAGUAGGUCGGACCGAAUGAUGCCAUCGAUGCGUUCCGCUGGAGAUCCCUUCGAUUGCUACGAGGUACCUGUUCACAGACCACCUGAAAUCGCGGAACCGCUUCACAUCCGUCGCCAAAUCAGAAACAUGUCGCCGGAUAUCCUGCCGCCGCCAAAAGGAAUUUUGAGAUCCAGCCGCCAGGCAAGCCCACCACCGUCAUACAAUCGCCGGUACAUCCCGGAUGAAACUUCGCAUCUCUCAUACGAAAUGCGUCACCGGCUCGAGCACGCCCCCGAUCCAAAUGCGUCCAUGGGCAUUUUUGCCAACCCUCUCUCGAAACAAUCGUCUUCAUACUCUGGCUCGUCAGGGUCUCAAGGUUGCCGCAUUGUGGUCAGCAACCUGCACAGCAGCGUUACGCAGAGCGACAUCAAAGAACUGUUCGAAGACAUUGGGGAGCUGUAUGAAGCCCGCUUGGUACGACCUGGAGUCGCCGAAGUCAUCUACAACACUAUAAAGGAUGCCGAAAAGGCCGUCGAGACGUAUCACAACAGGCAAUUAGACGGGCAACCGAUGAAAUGUUUGCUGGUGAAUCCGCGCGCUUCAAAUAAGCCCACGGCACCGGCGAUUAAAACCUCAAACUCACUAUCGAGUAGAUCAUCAAAUAAGACUCCGCUAGAAAUCGAUAUUGACGCAUUACACAAAGUCCUAUUUCGCCGCCAUUAGAUGCAGCCGUGCUGUCAUCACGUAUCCCACAAAGCGAUCUUACGUAAAAUAUUGCUCCACAGUUUAGCGAGCGGGCCAUGAGGAGUAGGAGAGGGUUUCGAAUGGAUAAGUUAAAAAUAAAUGUAUUAGCGUGUCGUGAACAUCUGCCGUAUCACUUAGCCUCCGUGUUUUGUAAAGAACAAAAUUUAUGGCAAUGAUUAUCUUGAUAAUAAAAAAAGUCCUUAUUUAAAAA